AUGAAGUCUUCCGACCGCGUCCAUGGGAUAUUGCAGCGUUCAUCACUGGAAGCCCAGGACCGAGAUACCUCCGGAAGCAUCCUUUGUGCCAAGAGCUACUUAGGUUUCUACAUGGCGCAGCUUCAAUUCGAGGCGCGACAGCUUCGAAAGACGUACCUCUGCAUCUGUGAGAAGCACGCGCCCAGUUCCUGCCCCUGGUGCAUUGAGAAGCCCUUGGCGAGCCAGCGUGGCAGAGCCUUUGUAUCUGAUAGAGGGAAGACUGCAAAGACAGAAGUCGUUCAGGUGUCGCAUCUUCAUGAUGAGUCUGGAAGACCUUUCAGCUUGCUCCAGGUCGAUCUGCACACCGGAAGGCUUCACCAAAUCCGAGCACAUCUCAGUUCCAUUGGGCAUCCCCUUUUGGGAGAUGAGAUGUACGGUGGAAAACCUUGGGUCAGAGUGAUGCUGCAUGCCAGCAGGCUUAAGCUGGACGUGCCCAGUUUAGCAACGUCCGUCGAUGCACAUGCUCCGAUACCUGAAGACUUUCGGACAGCUCUGGAGUCAAUGGUGCCAUGCUCCCCAAG